AUGAGCAGCUUCUUCAACCGCAUAGUCAAGUAUGUCACGCUGGGCUCGACCAAGAGACUGGUCGGUCGGGAUCUCGAUGGGAACAAGUUCUACGAGCUACCAGCUGCUAACGGUGGAAACAUGAAGCGGGUCGUCGAGUACAAGGUGACGAGAGACAUUGCCGACUACACUUCGGGCGCGCAGAGGCUACCCGUACAAUGGACGACCUGGCUUUCACAUACCCGCUCCGAUCCCCCAACCGAGGCCGAGCUGCUCGCUGACCGAUCCCGCCAGACCCGCCUUGGACCCAUGAUCGCCGCCAUCGAAGAACGCGAGCGGGAAGAGCGGAUACGGCAGGGAUACCUCCCAGCUCCCGGGUCCGGGGAAGACGGCCAGUCCGUCGGCCAAAUCGCUGGACCCUCAACAGCGAGACAUUCCGGGCUUCGAUUUGGUCAGGGCGCGGAGCAACGAUCAGGGAACGCACAGGCGAGGGUGAAUACCGCGCCGUCGUUCGUGAGGGGUCUUCAAGCGGGGGAGAGGGGAAAGAGUCCAAAGCAGCAGGGGGUGGUGCAGACGGUCGGCGAGGCUCGGGGUGCGCUGGGAGCAGAAAGGCAGGGAUCAUCGGCGGAGGCGUCUUCGUCGUCUCAGGCCCAAGGACAAUCCUCGAGCGCUCCCUACCCGGUCCCGACGCCCGAAACACCUGGCGUCGCUCCGCCUUCACGUACUGUCGACCCCUCGGCACACUCUUCACCUGAGGAGCUGCGUAAAUUGUCCGAGGAAGAUACGAAGCGGCGGAUCAGGGAGAGCGAGCGCAAAACACCGCCAGCGCAAGCGGAGCCAGCAGGGUCGGCCUCGGAUGGAGUACAGGGAGUGACGGGUGGGAGUGACUUCAAGCCAAGGAGAAGGGGCGCAUGA